AUGUCAGACCAAAGGAUAUUUACAAGGUACAAAGCAAAUGAAAUUAGAUCUGAAUUACAGAUGGUUGAUGUAAAAAAGAUGAAAUCUGGUGUCACCAAAAAGAAAAACGCGUUAAGAAAGAUAAUUGCCAAUCUAACUUUAGGUAAUUAUUCUGAAAUGUUACUUCUUUUACCUGAGAUUUUAAAAUUUUGGAAGAUAGAAGAUGAUAUGGAGGUCAAACGAAUUUGCCACGAGUAUAUUAGAACGAUUGGGUCAAUUAAACCAAGAAGCACUGUAGAAUCCUUGCCAUUUAUAAUGAAUGAUCUGCGCAGUAGAAAUGAAAAAGUUCAAAUUAUGGCAUUAGAAACAUUAGUAUCUAUACCAUUCAGUAAAUUUACGGAGGAGGCAUUUGAUUUUAUUGUUCAUCUAACUAGUAAAAAAUCAGUCCCUGAACAAUUGAUGAAGAAUGCAAUUUAUUCCUUGGUUCAACUGGAUGAUUAUGAUCAUGAAAGGGUAGCAUCAUUAUUAAAUCUAUUGUACGAUAUUGUUACUAAUCAAAUAGAGAAACCAACCAUUCAAAUAGCUGCUUUGAAUGCACUUUGUAUGAUUCAUGAGGUAGAUGGGAAAACUCAGCCAGUUCAUAUAUCGGUGGAUAUUGCUUUUAACAUAUUAGAAUUACUUCCAACUCUGAAUGAGUGGGAUACAGCCACAUUACUAGAAAUUUUACCAAUAACAGUGGUGCCGCAGACUCAUGAUGAUGCAUAUGAUAUGAUUGAUAUGGUAUUACCACAACUCCAGCAUGUUAAUUCGGCAGUUUCAUUGAGUGCUCUAAAAAUUGUGCUUUAUUUAUUAAAUUAUAUUGAAGAAGUCAACCAAACUAUUAUUAAAAGAUUAUCUAAUUCUGUGAUAGCACUUUUGGAAAAACCGGCAGAACUACAGUUUCUAGUUUUGAGAAACGUAAUCCUGUUAUUAUUGAGUAGAGAACAAUCACUAUUGAAAUUGAAUGUACCAUAUUUUUUUAUCGAAUACAAUGACCCUAUAUAUAUUAAAGACACAAAACUUGAGUGUCUUUACCUUUUAUCGAAUGAGGAAACAUUGACCCAAAUAUUGGAUGAGUUGGAAGAACACGCUACCGAUAUCGAUAUACAAAUGUCUAGAAAGGCAGUUAGAGCUAUAGGUAAUCUGGCAGUUAAACUAGGUGAAAAUUCUGCAGGUAAAUGUGUCGAUAUCCUUUUGCAUUUACUUGAAUUCGGAGUAGAUUACGUUAUUCAGGAAAUAAUAUCAGUGUUUCGAAAUAUAUUGAGAAAAUAUCCAAAAGAUUUUAAAAGUGACGUAAGAGCUUUGGCGAAGUAUGCUGGUUAUGCCCAGGAAACGGAAUCAAGAAAUGCAAUGAUCUGGAUUAUUACACAAUAUUCUGAUAUCCUUCCUGAUUAUUUGAAGCUCUUUGAGACUUUUUGCACCAAUGUAUUGGAUGAGGCACCUGAAGUUCAAUUUUCUGUUUUAACCUCAAGUAUAAAAUUUUUUGUUAGAUAUCCUUCUGUUGAAACCGAAAAACUGUGUAUACGAUUAUUACGUGAGUGUACAGAAGAUGCUAAUAAUCCAGAUCUUCGAAGCCGGGCAUUUAUGUACUGGAGAUUACUGUCACUCGCUAGGGAAGAUGGGAAUAAUGUGACGAAUGAAAUGUUAAAAGAUAUUGUCGAUGGAGAACUACCAAAAAUUGAACUUAAUACAAAAUUAGACUCCGCUAUUUUAGAGGAAUUGGAAUUGAACGUUGGUAGCAUUACAUCCAUCUAUUUGAAGCCUACUUCGCAGAUUUUCCGCAUGAGUAGUAUGAAAAGUUUACCAAACAGUCCUGUACUGAACUCGAACAAGUCCUUGUUAAAAGUGAUUGAUGAUUUAACAUCAAUAGGGGUUUCUCACUCGAAUGACAGGGUAAUCGGAAAGAACCAUAAAUCUAUCAAAAAUAACAAACCAGUAGUACAUACUAUGAACGACUUUGAUAAACCAGCUGAAACGGUCAAUCACUUAAAGGGUAGCAGAAAAUCAAGUAUUAGCAGUCCAUCUAAACUAGCGAGAAAGCCAUCAAUGUUAAUGCGAAAAUUGACUUUGAAAAAGAAAUUUUAA